AGUUUUUCACUCGGGAUAUGGCCGUCAAACAAGUAGAGUCCAGCAGCCCGAACUUUGAGACGGAUGAUCCACGCGGGGGGGCCAUCCAUCACAAAAACAUCCACAUGGUACAUUUCGGUGACUACGAGUUGGAGCCGUGGUACGGUAAUACCGCGUACUUCAACCCCAAGUCGGGCCUGCUUGGGGUGGAUCAAGAAGAUGGCAUAGAGUGGGAACUAGAGCAUUUACAUGUUUGUGAAUAUUGUUUCAAAUAUUCCACAAAGGCUUCCAACAUGAUACGACAUCGAGUCGCUUGCACUGCCAAAAAAGAGCUUCCAACCAUAGGAAGACUUGUAUAUAGAGAUGAUGAUAGUCCGUUUAUCAUAAGGAAAGUACAAGGGUAUCAACAUCCAUUGUUCUGCCAGAACUUGAGUUUAUUUGGUAAGAUUUUCUUGGAGGACAAAUCGGUGUAUUAUAACGUUGAACAGUUUGAUUUUUAUGUGCUUUACGGGCUAGACGAUAAUGACAUUCUGGUGUAUCACAACAAAUUGCCCGACUUCAAGCCCAUGGGGUUUUUUUCCAAAGAGUUGCUGCCAUGGGAUAGCGACAAUAACCUAGCAUGUAUCUGCGUGUUUCCUCCGUACCAAAGAAAGCAUUUAGGGUCGUUGUUGAUAGAGUUUCUGUAUGCGUUGGCCCGCGUUACCCCAGGCCAGUAUCUCAGUGGACCCGAGUUUCCGCUCUCUCCGUUUGGGAAAGUCACCUAUUUGAAUUUCUGGUCUCGUAAGCUUGCACCGGUUCUAGCCCAGUAUUUUACAGGCGUCAAAACUUUGCGAUUGCAAGACAUAGCUGAAAUCACAGGAUACAGAAAGGAAGAUAUCAUGUUAACGCUUAAGUAUAUGAAUUUGAUCGACAGUACCCCGAGGAAAGCACAGCUUUAUAUGGGCAAUUUGUACCUGUGGUGCGAGUCUCGUGGUCUCAACCCUAAUUUUGAAAGCUGUAUGUUAAAAGAAGACAGUAUACUUGUAUAAUUAAUGAACAUUUGAGUUGCA